AUGUACCAACCAGCUACUACCAUGGUACCGACACGUUAUCGACUGGCAACCGGCAAGCUACCGAUAACUUACCGACAAGUAAAUGACAAGAACACCAAAUUUUUCGUUUCAUUUUCAGUUGAUAGUAAGCCUGGCUAUGGAUUCAGAACACCAGUUCCCAGAGUACAUAGCGAGGAAAUGGAGUGUUAUGAGCAGCAUGUGUAUUCCUACGAAAGCUCCUUUUAUUACAUAAAAGGCAAACUAGGAGGCCAUUACGUGACGUUGAAGAGAUACAGGUGGGAAGAGAAGGACCAUGUUCAACAAGAGCAGUUCUCAAUUGAAGUCUCUCUGCUAAGGUAAAAUUCAGCCUGAUUUAGUAUCGCUACGCACAUCGCCGCGGAGAUCACAGACGGCGCUUACGAAUAUAUCCCGAAGCAGGCCCACGCUUACUUCGUGACCUUUUUAUAAUCACUAUUAAUAGUAUCAGUAUUUAUAAUAGCUGGUAUUGGCUUCUCUGGGUUUCAUAGUACACGUGUUACUCACUCCGAAAAAUCAUAGCAUGUACAACAGUCGUUGUCUGGCUGCGCGCAAAUUAGUAGGAAUAACUGUUACGCGCGAGGCGCGAGAUGGAUUUAUUGUUCUGAACGCCCGCAUAGCACUCGGCUAAUUAAAGGCUCCCUCCCUCGAUCAUUCCUUUGUUGCUAUCCAAAGCAACCGUUCUCUAAAGAACCCUCCUUUUCCGGAAGAUCAAUCUCAACAGAUUUAUGAUAAUGUCCGGAGGAAUGGAAUGACACGUUUUUCUUUCUUUUUCAGCGACUUGCGGCAUCCAAAUAUCCUCCUUCUUAUGGCCGUGUAUGAUAGUACGGAUGCUUUAAAGCGGGGACUUGUGCUAGAGCCCGUAGAACGUGGCUUCUUAAGAACGCUCCUUCUUGAGGGCAAGACUGUCUUUGAUGAAGACACUGUUCUGCGUUUCAGCCGAGACGUAGCAUGCGCAAUGCAGUUUGUUCAUCAGCGGGGUUAUAUUCACUGUUAUCUGGGUUCACCUAGUUUGGUAUUGACUGAGAACUUUACGGCAAAGGUUCGUUUCUUAGUUGCUCAUUUAUUGCGGCUUACGCUUUCCACGCUACAAAUAAUUUCGGACUGCAUUUGUGGCCCUCAGAGUUCAAGUCCGUCGUACAAAACUCGGCGAUUCGUUAACAUGAAAGGGAAAAAGUUGGCUCGGGUCACCCUCUUUUUUUUCGAUGGUAGGGUCACUUUACUAGCCGGGCCAACUCUUCAACAUAUAAGGUCUAUAAGCAAUUUGGUUCUCCCAGCCGGGUCAACUCGAUCAAGGCGAGACAAUAGGGAACUUAAGCAAUGACGACUACGACGGCAACAAGAACAACAAAAAAACAAUAUGAUGCACUCUGGACGUGCGUCACGCUUUUUUGUACCUUUCUUUGCCGUCGUUGCACGACUACGACAUGAAACUGCCUAAUUUCACGUUUUGUAGAGGGCGUGAACACAAGACAACGACUUUCUUUUUCUUUUUCUGAACUUCGAUACAGUCCUUUAGAAGUCAACUCCAGAAAAAUUCGUCAACUUUUUUUUCGUCAACUUUUUUCUCAUAUAAACGCUCCCCUGAGAGGGUGAUCCUCUUUCCGGAACAAGUUUUCUCCAUAAAAACGGGGCUUAAGGUUUCUCUCUUUUCUGGUCCUGUAUUAACUACAUGCACGUAUGAAGACGAUUCUUUGAGUCUUAAAACUGUUUCUCUAGAAGGUUCUUACUUUUGAAUAACACAUCAAUAACCAUAGCUGCAACUUGAAUCUCGCCAGAUUUGCAACUUUGAAUUUGCACAGCAAGUAAAUGGCGACUGUAGCUGCAAUCCGAUCAGCCAUCAUGAAACGCUGUUUGGCUGGAUGGCGCCUGAACAACUCAUUGGUAAGCCCGCUGACCAGGCUGGUGAUGUGUUUAGCUUUGGGGUUCUCGUCUGGGAAUGCAUCACAAGGACGCAUCCUCUUAAAUAUGUCAAAAGUGUAAAGCAACUAACAAAGGGAAAAGUUGACCCUCGCUUACAGAAGAUCCCUGGCAACUGGAGCCAAACUUUCAAGGUCUUGAUUGGCGACUGCCUGAAACCUGCCCCCACAAGGCCAAAUUUCCAGCAGGUAAAGUUCAAUUAGAAGCAAUGUAAAAGACCCAAACUAGGGGCAUAUUAACUCCAGGAGCCAGGAACAACUCUCUACUCGUUUCAAUUGCUGCGAGCCUCCAGGCGAGCAGCAAGCUAAUCUUUGGGUCUCCUGUGGUUCCUUGGGCCGAGAAGUGUACUGUCGUUAUUUAGAUGUUAGAUUAUGGAUUUAUGUUUGAUAGGAUGAUUUUUAGUAAAUGUGUCCAGCGGUGUCUUUAUUACUUAAUUUUAAAUCGUAACACUCUUCUUGCGUCAUUCUAAUUUCUUUAAGUUUUUACAUGGUGGCGCGCGCAAACAGUGUUAAUUAUUUUCGUAUGACUGUAACUGACUUGCCAAUAAAGACAAAAACCAUCAAGAAUUUGUAAUUGAAGGACUCCCUUAUAGUCCUUUAUACCCACAACUAUUAAUUGAACCAAUAAAAGGGUCUGUAAUAAGCAAAAUGUGUUCGUCAGUUCAUCUAUUCUCAGAUGAUGUUUUACUUCUCAGCACCUGCUCGCAGCAUAAAACGUACAAUUUGCAUCCUUGUGUUCGAUAUUAGGUCUAAUUACGUAAAACAUAACGAUAAUCUACCUAUAUAGGUAUAAAAUCUCUUCAAUCUUUUUUCACAAGGAACUUGUUCAACCCACCUUCCUCGUGUCAAUUUGCGGCGCUAGGUUCAAAAGAGAAGAGACCUUGUUUUUUAAAAGAAAGUAAAAAAAAAUUGGUACUCUCUUUCUUUUGUUCUAGAUUAAUGGAUGGUUAUCUGCCAUACUGACGUCACAGUACGUAUGUUUACGUCCAAAAAGUUUCAUCGUUGAAGAAGGCAGCAACUUAUUUUCGUCCAGAACUGUAAAAUCAGCGCGCACAACUCAACAGUGA